GAAUAAACAAACUCCAUCUCUUAUGAUUUCCUAUUUUCUCUUUAAAUUCUCUGCUUUUCUCAACAUUUUCUCUGCACUUCAGUACGGAUCUCAGUCUCAAUUAUUUUUAUCAGGCAAAACCGCACUUCUUUACAUUCCCUCCGGUACAUAGCUGCAUGCAAGAUUGUCUGAUUCACAUUUUCGGUAUCUUGGGAAGACAAUUUGUAAUUAUCGGUAUAGUUAGUUAGAAACUUAGAAAAAGAUAUGUCGACUGUACCAGUAAGAAGGGUUUCUCGUCAAGAUAUACAGUUGGUUCAAAACCUUAUAGAAAGAUGCCUUCAACUCUACAUGACGCAGAAGGAAGUUGUGGAAACUCUGCUGGCUCAGGCCAAAAUUGAGCCUGGUUUUACUGAACUUGUUUGGCAAAAGCUUGAAGAAGAGAAUCGAGAAUUCUUCCAGGCUUAUUAUCUCAGACUGAUGGUAAAGCAACAAAUAAUGGAAUUCAACAAGCUACUUGAGCAACAGGUGCAACUCAUGCAUCAGAUUCAUCCAUCUGGAGUUUCCUCAAUCUCUAAUUUGAAUGGACCUCACUUGUCACAGAUGCCCCAGAACUCAUCCUGCUGUGCGCCAGAGAACGCAGGAAAAGCUCUGAAGCAGGAGAGCUUGCAGCAUCUCAUGGGAUCUAGUUUGCCUAAUGUAUUCAGUAAUAGUAGUUCAUCUUUGUACAUUGGAACACAUGCUAGUAUUGAGCUUCCUACCCAUGCCAGCAGGAUUCAUGCACCAUCAGCCAUGCUUUCAACUCAGAAUUCAAAUUUGGGUUUGAUGCAAGAAAUAAAUGGGAAGAUGCUAAAAUCAGCAGCUGGUUUUUCAGGCAGUUCUGCUUACAUGUUUGGUGCUGAGAGCAGUCUUCUAGAUACACGUCCAACAAUUGAGGAUACAGCUUUCAAUAGUGCAGAACCAAGCACACAAUCACUAAAUGAACCACUUCUGGAUGCUGACAUUUCUUCAUUUGGACUUUUAGGCCAGAUCUCUCGCAAUUUCAAUCUUUCAGAUCUCGCAGCUGACUUUUCUCCUAGUUCAGGUAUACUGGAAAGCUACCCCCGAUUACUCUUUUUAGGAACACAUAAUGAAAAUUUCCUGGAUACUCAUGAAAGAGAACAUCAAGGUGAUAUUCUUUUCUCCACUGUCUUCCCGUCCAAACUUUUAUUCGUUGAUUUGUUAACUGUGAUUUACAAAGAGCAAGAUAUUUUUUAUAUCUGUGGAUUAUAGGAGAGAACAAAAGGUUGGACACCAUAUCAGAGGGAUUAAGCUUUGAUGGUUAUAGAAAUAAGUAGCUCUGCAAAGGCAAUGGUACAGGUUUACAAAGAGUAUAUCAAUUUAGUUUAUUUUUUCCUCAUCAGCUGUGCUAGCAACUGUUUGGAAUUUACUUGCAUGGUAGAUUCUUUGAGAAGUUUUUGCAUCUACUAAGAUACUUUUUACUCCCAAUAUCACUUUUUAUUUCCAAUAUCAUGUUUUUCUGAGUUUCAUCCUUCUCUUGUCAGUAUACGUUUUGUUGUAUCAUAGAUUCAUAUCUUAAAAUAACCAAGUAUUAAUUAAUCUUUGAUUUGACCGAUGGUUUUUUCCAGUUACAUGUUUGUUCCAACUAUUAGAAUUUAACAAUGGCAUAUAAAAAAUCUAGUUAGUUGUCUGUAUUUCUCCUCUUUUUCUCUGCUUGAUGUUUCACUGUAUCAUCUGUGAAGUUACAAAAGAUGGUUUAAUGAGCAUUUUGAUAGGUUUGUAUGCGCUCCCUUCAACUUUAAUUAAUUGCAUUUGGUGUUCUAAUAUAAUGAUCGAGUUCAUUCUUCACUGCUAAAUUUGGUGAUCUUAUUUUAACUGCAAGAAAAUCCUUGCAUAUUUUUAGAUGAAACUACAUAUGCACUGCGUCUAAGUUCAUUUAUUUUUGCACAUCUAGUUAACUGAAGAAUGCUCAUGGUUAUUGUAUAAGUAAUGGAAUGGAUUCUAACCAUUUUAUUACAAGGUAGUCAAUGUGAUCAUAUUUUAAUCUUCUCUCUCAACUUGCUAAUGUUACAUUAGCUAUUUGUGAGAAUAUUUUCUUCCUUGGCAAUUUAUUAUAUUUGGUAUUCAACUAUCACUUACAACUUUUUUUUUUCUUUUGUACGAUGUAUUACUGCAGGUCCAACUGCUGCUCUAGGCAAACAAAGGUUUGUAUAUAACAUUUUGGAAGCUGAAAAAUUCAACUCCUUUGGUUUAUAGACAGUUCACUGACGAUGAUUGGAUGGUUCGAAGAUUGGAAAACAGGUUAAAAAUAAAUUCAAAGGAACAUGCAUAGUGUUUUGUUUUCCUUUUGUGCCUAUGAUGUUUACUCAGUCAACUUGCUUUUGUCUUGGAAUCUGUGUGGCACUGUGGUGUUGAAUGCUUCCUAUGAUAAUCUUAUUGAUAGGUAAUUAGGGAUGGGCAUUUUGGUUCACUAUAUAUAAUUACAUGUGCAUAUAUAACAAAGGCCUUUUCGUUUGAAAUAGGGUUUUUGGAUUACGUUCAGUUGAGCAUCUUCCAAAAGUUUUAAUGUCAGAAGUUUGUAAACCAAUAUGCAGAUAUAUGAAUAAUAUCAGAUAAAAUUUGAGUUUUACUCUUCAUGCAGUAUCAUUAAGACGUGGCAUUUAGGAGAUCCAGAUUUUGAAUCUGGAAGUUUGUAAUCCUGCCCUAAUCCUUGAGUUGUAGCUUCUUUUGUAAAUAUCGUACGGUUUUAUUUUAUUUUAUAUAAUCUUGUUUUAGAUUUGUUUGCUUUGUUGGGAUGGAAUGACUUCAAAUUUAUCACUUUGCCCAUAAUUUGGUCUUGUGUUGAUUCUUGUAGAGUAAAGUUAAAGGGGAAGAUCCAUUGCCGUUAUUUUUAGCCACAGCAGUUCCACCCUCGGUUGUAAUAUUGUAAUUUUCUAUAUAAUGAUUUGCUUCGGCUUAGCCAUUGCUGGUGAGGCGGUACAAAGUAUUUUUUAAUUGCCUUAGACGCACAAAGUUGAAUUUGUUUAUUUAUUUUUGUCAAAUGAGGGAAUCUAAACCUCUCGUUCUCAUCUCCUUCUUGACGCUAGAGAGUGAGAGUUGAGAUUCUAUGAGAGGCCUUCUGGCCUUCGGGCCAGCAUCAAGCAUCUUCCUCGCCGUUAAGGCCUUCCUUUCCCUUUGUGUUUUGUUCACCAAUCUUCUUUGGUAGUUCAGCGAAAUAAUGUUUAGAUAUUGCUUCUGCUGUCUUCCUUUAGCCUUCGGUCGUCGUGGAACGGACGACUGAGAUCUCAGUUGUCAUAUGGUCGUCACCACGGUUGUUAGGAGCCACCUCCUUUCGUUAUGGCGAGGGCCUCUUUUGAUGGUUUCUGCUUUUGCUUUCUUUCCGGCGAAGCCCUUUCGCUUGAUGUUCUGGCUUCGACGCUACUUUGGGUCCAUGACGUUUGAAUUUUGAUAGAUAUCUGGAGUCAUCGCACCAGAACUUGUUUCUAGUGGUUGUCGCUACUGAAAUGGCUUUGGCUCCACCUCCAUCGACGUUCGACCAGCUCCAUGAUGGUUUUGGUACUGUGUUUUGGACUUUGUUGUGGCAUGAUCUUUACCAGAGUUGUGCAUGCCGAUAGCUGAGUACAGUUGUCAUGUCCCUUAGUUUCCCUGGUGCUUUCUCUUCUCCGUAGUGGCUGGUGAAUGCUCUUAGGUUUUUUCAUUUUUCUUUAGGGGGAUGGGGGUUUUGUCGGGCUUUUAAGCUUUUCUGACUCGUGUUGUACUUGACCUUUUAUGGAAUGAAUCUUCCUAUUAGCAAAAAAAAAAAACUGUUUUUAUAUGGAUA